CGACAACGUUCACCACGUGUGACUUCCCAUACGAGAAGGUUGGCUGCUUCCGUGACAAAGAGAACCGAGCGUUACCAGAAGAACUCGUCAACGACCGUGACCCGACCAACCCGGCCUGGAGUGGUCACAUGAUUGAUUGGAAACAGUACGAUAAAUCUCUCCACAGAAACUCCAUCUGUUGGAGUGGACGGUGGUUACAGCGAAUGGAGCGAGUGGACAUCCUGCACCAAGACCUGUGGAGGGGGAGUAAGGUCCCGCGAAAGGACUUGCGACAAUCCAAAGCCACAAGGGAAGGGGAAAGAUUGCUCGGGGCAGGGACCAGCUGCGGAAACCGAGGCUUGUAGUGAACAGAAGUGCCCAGUCCCAUGCACCAAGGCUCUAGAUAUCGGUAUUAUCCUUGAUGGUUCCACCAGCGUCGAAAGCGAUCCUUUCAAAGUCGCGAUCGACUUCAUCAAACAGUUGAUGAAAUAUUUCGAAAUCUCACCACAGGGAUCCCAUGUCGGGUUUAUCCUUUACAGUACCGAUGCUACACUAGAAUUCAAGAUGUCUGACAGUACGUAUUAUUCUUAUCAGAAACUGGCGGCAAGACUGGAUAAAAUCAA